AGGCACUUCUUUUGAACCAAUAGAGCCCACAGUUAGUGGUCACGUGACGUGUGAACGCAUCAAUCGAUACUCGUUACCAGGAUGAUCCUUCCGCCUUGGUGAUCUGCGUUGACUCCUUUCCUUGGACCACUACUCUACAAACAAACGAGAGGAAAGUGAACGGGGGCGAAAAGAGGAGAAAGGCUACAGUCCACACUUUAAUUGUAAGAAUACCGACUAUCUUGAUUGAGUGAAAAGUGCUGGGCACUCCCAGCCAUCAACACCAUGGGGGAACUCUUUAGAAGUGAAGAGAUGACCCUGGCCCAGCUCUUCCUCCAAUCAGAAGCUGCCUACUGCUGUGUCAGUGAACUGGGAGAGAUUGGGAUGGUUCAGUUCCGUGAUCUCAAUCCUGAUGUAAACGUCUUCCAGAGAAAGUUUGUUAAUGAAGUGCGGCGAUGUGAGGAGAUGGAUCGCAAACUGAGAUUUGUUGAAAAAGAAAUUAAGAAGGCCAACAUUCCAAUAAUGGACACAGGAGAAAACCCUGAAGUUCCUUUUCCAAGGGACAUGAUUGAUCUGGAGGCUACAUUUGAGAAGCUUGAGAAUGAGCUGAAGGAAAUAAACACCAACCAGGAGGCCCUGAAGAAGAACUUCCUGGAAUUGACUGAACUCAAGCACAUUUUGCACCGUACUCAGCAGUUUUUCAAUGAGAUGGAAGAUCCCAGUUUGCUUGAAGAGUCCUCCAUUCUCCUGGAUCCCAAUGAGCCAAUCCGAGUAGCUCCUCUCAGACUUGGAUUUGUGGCUGGAGUCAUCGGCAGGGAACGUAUUCCCACAUUUGAGAGGAUGUUGUGGAGAGUUUGCAGAGGAAAUGUGUUCCUGCGGCAGGCAGAUAUAGAAGACCCCCUAGAGGACCCAACCUCAGUCAGUGCUGUUCAAAAACAGUUUAAUCAGAUGUUUAGAGGUUUUACUCUGAUUUCUAACCUAGCAAUGUUUUCUCAGGGUGACCAGGUCCACAAGUCCGUCUUCAUCAUAUUUUUCCAGGGAGACCAGCUGAAGAAUAGAGUUAAGAAAAUCUGUGAGGGAUUCAGAGCAACAUUAUACCCCUGUCCAGAAACCCCCCAAGAGAGGAAAGAGAUGCUUGCAGGAGUGAAUGCUCGCAUUGAUGAUCUGCAAAUGGUUCUGAACCAGACUGAAGAUCACAGGCAGAGGGUCCUGCAGGCUGCGGCCAAGACCGUCAGGGUGUGGUUCAUUAAGGUGAGGAAGAUGAAGGCCAUCUACCACACCCUCAACCUCUGCAACAUUGACGUCACGCAGAAGUGUCUGAUUGCUGAGGUGUGGUGUCCUGUGUCUGACAUGGACUCCAUCCAGUUUGCACUGCGGAGGGGGACGGAGAAGAGUGGCUCCACUGUGCCUUCCAUUCUCAAUCGAAUGCAAACCAAACAGACCCCACCCACAUAUAACAAGACAAACAAGUUCACCUCUGGAUUCCAGAACAUUGUGGACGCUUAUGGGAUUGGCACCUACCGUGAAAUAAACCCAGCGCCAUACACCAUUAUUACCUUCCCUUUCCUGUUUGCUGUCAUGUUUGGUGACUUGGGCCAUGGGACACUCAUGACCUGCGCUGCUCUCUACCUUGUGAUAAGAGAAAGCAGGCUGAUGGCCCAGAAGAAUGAUAACGAGAUAUUCAACAUGGUGUUUGCAGGACGCUAUAUCAUACUGCUGAUGGGAAUAUUCUCAAUGUACACUGGUAUUAUUUACAACGACUGCUUCUCAAAGUCCCUCAAUAUGUUUGGCUCUGGAUGGAGCGUGAGAUCCAUGUUUAAAGGAGGCAACUGGACAACUGACACACUUGAAGGCAACACGGCCUUGCAGUUGGAUCCUGCAGUGGAGGGAGUUUUUAAAGGGCCAUACCCCAUUGGAAUUGAUCCAAUAUGGAGUAUUUCUAUCAACAAGUUGACAUUUUUGAACUCCUUCAAGAUGAAGAUGUCUGUUAUCCUAGGAGUCAUCCACAUGCUUUUUGGAGUCUCUCUAAGUCUCUUCAAUCAUCUGUAUUUCAAAAAGCCACUGAACAUCUACUUGGGAUUCAUCCCAGAGAUUGUCUUCAUGUCCAGUCUGUUUGGCUACUUGGUCAUUCUGAUAUUCUAUAAGUGGGUGUCUUAUGAUGCCCGCACCUCCAGAGAUGCUCCCAGUCUCCUCAUUGCCUUCAUUAACAUGUUUCUCUUCAACUACAAUGACCCCAGUACCAAACCUCUCUACAGGGGGCAGAUGGGGCUGCAAAUAUUCUUGGUCAUAAUUGCCUUAGCAUGUGUUCCCUGCAUGUUGGUUGUGAAAACUCUGGUUUUACGGAGACAGUAUUUGUGGCAAAAACAUCUGGGCACACAGAACUUUGGAGGGGUCCGAGUGGGCAACGGUCCCACCGAGGACGAGGCGGAAAUCAUCCAGCACGACCAGCUCGCACAGCAGUCUGAGGAUGAACCUGAGAGUUCCCUUUUGUUACCUGCUUUCAAGGCCCCUGAGGAGGAAGAGUUUAACUUUGCAGAUACGGCUGUGCAUCAGGCCAUUCACACCAUUGAGUACUGCCUUGGCUGCAUCUCUAACACUGCUUCCUAUCUGCGGCUCUGGGCCCUCAGUCUCGCUCAUGCACAACUGUCAGAGGUGCUUUGGUCCAUGGUGAUGCGCAUCGGCCUUUCAUCUCGAAGCUUUGCCGGUUUCAUCCUUCUGGCCAUCAUCUUUUACUUCUUUGCUGUUCUCUCAGUUGCCAUUCUGCUCAUUAUGGAAGGGCUGUCUGCCUUUCUGCAUGCACUUCGACUGCACUGGGUGGAGUUCCAGAACAAAUUCUACGUAGGUCAAGGCUUCAAAUUUCUCCCUUUCACCUUUGAAAGCAUCUUAGAGGGAAGAUUUGAAGAAUGAAACGGCUUUCUUUACGCCUGGUUCUCUCAUAACUUCAGUCUGUGUGUUGUCCAAAAGCGUUUUUUUGCUGUUAUUGUGCUUUUUUUGUGUGUGCGUGUGAUUAUAUCUCCACAUUACCAGAACAACUCUGGCAACGACUCAUGACUUGGUGAUCCUAUAGUAGCUCUAUUUAAUCUGUCUUAUUUCCUUUAAUAUUAUUUAUAUUGUCUUCUUCUUUAUAAAAUCUUUACUGCUGUUCUUUGUUGGAAGAAUCCUCAACAUGAUACACUAGAUAUCCCCUCUGCUGAAGUUUAGACAGCGAUAGAAAUGUUCGUCCUUGUGUCGUCUCCUGUGUUUGUAUUUGAAGCUUUUGUUAUUGCAGAGAAAACUCACAGAAUUGCAAAACUUUGAAUGAGGGCAAAUGCAUAUAACAUAGCACUUAGUUUUUUUCCUGUUGCUAUACAUGAAAGAGAUGAAUAAUCUGCACACAGUUCCUUUGUAGUAAUCUGCAGUAUUUCAUUACACAUUUCUGUAGCCGUAGAAGGGAUUUAAAGCAGCAAGCAGACAUGUUAAGGUCGUUUGUUAGAAAUGGUUGACCUUGUCCAUAACUAUGUCAAUAAACUGAGAAGAACUGGU